UGAGGACUGUCGGUGCCGGGCCGGUGCCGGUUUGAGGACUGUCGGUGCCGGUGCCUGUGGCGGUGCCGUUACCCAGCGCGGACGAUGCUGUUCUCCCUGCGCGAGCUCGUGCAGUGGCUCGGCUUCGCCACCUUCGAGAUCUUCCUGCACGGGCUGGCCCUGCUCGCCUUCUCCGUGCUGCUCGUGCUCAAGGUGGACGGCGCGGCCGCCGCGCUCUCCUGGUGGAUCGUGUUCGUGCCGUUCUUCGCCGCCGACGGGCUCAGCACCUACUUCACCACCAUCGUGUCCGUGCGGCUGUUCCAGGACGGCGAGAAGCGGCUGGCGGUGCUGCGGCUCUUCUGGAUCCUCACCAUCCUCAGCCUCAAGUUCGUGUUCGAGAUGCUGCUGUGCCAGAAGCUGGUGGAGCACACGCGGGAGCUCUGGUACGGGCUCAUCAUGUCGCCCGUGUUCAUCCUGCUGCAGCUGCUCAUGAUCCGGGCCUGCCGCGUGAACUGAGCCCGGGGCCGCUCCCCGGCGCCGCUCCCGGCGCUGUCCCGGUGCGGAGGGGCCGGUGACAGCCGGGACAGGGCCGUGCCCCGCUCGUGGCCGUGCUGCAGAGCAUCAUCACGUUCUCCACACCUGCACAUCCCUGUUCGUGCCCCCUCAGCCCUGCCUUGUCCUGUGCUGCGAGCGCGGCUUGGCGUGACACUUAUUUUAUUUUAGAAUUAAAAUGGCUUGAAGGAUUGGGUUUAUUUAUAAAUUCUUCUUGCCUAGAAAGCUGUUGUACCUCAAACUGCUGCCUGGAGGGUGGGUGCUUGCUGUAGAUCUCCAGGUACAGCUCAGACUCCUGCCCUGCCCUGCCCAGCAGCUGGCUCAUGGAUUUCCAUCUGUCCCCUCACCUCCCUGAGCACUUCCCACCUUCACUGCUCUGACAGGGUUUUGUGAGGUCAUGUUGAGAUCACUGGUGUGUGUAUUUUUGAACAGGAAUAUGAUUUUU